AGAGUCCGUGACGACAUUUCCUUUCUCUUGAAUCCAAAAGUUUUUCCUAAAGGAACCGUGAGAAAAGUUGAAGAAUAAUCUCCGAAAAGGAUAAACACUCCGAAAAAAUACGCCACCAUGCCUUCGCCUUCCAGAAGGCUUCAAACCAAGCCUGUGAUAACAUGUCUCAAGACGUUUCUUAUUUCGUAUAGUCUCAUAUUUUGGUUCACAGGAGUGAUUCUGCUGGCGGUGGGUGUGUGGGGGAAGGUAAACCUGGAGGCCUACUUUUCCCUAGCCACAGAGAAGAGCACCAAUGCACCCUACGUCCUCAUCGGGACUGGCGCCAUCAUCAUCAUCUUCGGCCUGUUCGGCUGCUUUGCCACUUGCCGUGGAAGCCCCUGGAUGCUGAAAAUGUAUGCCGCUUUCCUGACGCUGGUGUUUCUAGCUGAGCUUGUGGCUGGCAUCUCUGGCUUCCUCUUCAGGCAUGAGAUAAAGGCCAUAUUAGCUGACACAUACCAAGAUGCUAUUAAUACCUACAAUGGCACCAGCCCCCGGAGCCAGGCAGUGGACACCAUCCAGAGAACUCUGAAGUGCUGCGGAAUGAGGAACUACACAGACUGGCCAGACACGGACUACUUCAAAGAAAAUGGCAUCCCCGUAAGCUGCUGCAAGGAGUCUUCAAACUGCACUGCCGAAGUCCUCAAAGAUCUGAACAGGGCUGCCCAGGAGGUUUACAGUGUGGGCUGCUUCGCAAUGAUGACUUCUGUGAUGGAGUCCAAUCUUGGAAUCAUUGCAGGGAUUUCCUUUGGAAUAGCAUUCUACCAGCUCAUUGGUGUCUUCCUGGCUUGUUGCUUGGCCCGUUAUAUCACCAACAACCAGUAUGAGAUGGUCUAGCAGCACCUCGACUCAGUAUACACAUGGAUUUCGCUGCCUGUUCAAUGAAGAUGCUGGAGUAAAGGGAACUCAUAUUUGUACCUUCAUUUCUUAAUAUACAGUACAUGUAUAUAUUUUUAGCCAUUUUAUGUAGAUAAUUCUGGUGCUCUUGCUAAGAAUGUUUUUGUUUUGUUUUUUGAGGGGGGAGAGAAAAAGAUGAUGAAACAUGAACACAAUGAGGGACUUUAUUUUAUUUGUUAGAGUAGUAGUUAGACUUUUAAGGCCUCUCCAUAUAGAGAAUUCUAAAUGCAUCGAACAAAAGCUUAUUGUAAGAAAUACUCAUACUUUUAGUUUUGAAAGUGAGCAUUGUGUAAAUUUUGAUCAAGGGACUCAUGUUCAUUUCUGUGUUGCUGUUAUAUUUUGUUGUUUUUUACGAUCUAUUAAGCCAAUGUCACUACACUCUCCACCCAUCCAGAUGUGAUAUGAAUCCUGUUGCUAGGCACUCAUCUCCACCUUUCUCGGCUUUCGCCUAGACCAGGGUCAAAGUCCACAAUUUUCAUUGGUUGGAUUUCCAGUACACCACUGUGCACCCCCCCCCCCCCCCAAAUCUGCUGCCAUACAUUCCUGUAGUUUAAUAGUUUAAUGUUGUUACUUUUUGCAUUAAAAUAUUUUUGUCCAA